AUGCCGGUCGUUUGGAUGCUGCGGCGGGUUGCCAGCCGGGUGCUGCAGAGACCGGCCUGUGGCUGCCAGGCUCCUGUCCUGCCCAGCCGGUUUCUGGGCACCUCCCCUCAGCAGAUUCCAGCGGAUGCCAACUUCCACUCUACCUCGUUCUCUGAAGCAGACCAACCGCGCGUUUUAAUUACAGGGGGUCUUGGCCAGCUUGGAGUAGGGCUUGCUAGCCUUUUGAGGAAACGAUUUGGGAAGGACAACGUGAUUCUGUCUGACAUUCGGAAGCCCCCUGAGCACGUCUUCCUUAGUGGCCCGUUUAUUUAUUCCGACAUCCUGGACUACAAGAAUCUGCGGGAGAUCGUGGUGAACAACCGUGUCACGUGGCUGUUUCAUUACAGCGCCCUGCUCAGUGCAGUGGGAGAAGCAAACGUGUCCCUGGCCAGAGCUGUGAACAUCACUGGGCUGCACAAUGUCCUGGACGUUGCCAAGGAGCACGGUCUGCGACUGUUUGUGCCAAGCACCAUCGGGGCGUUUGGACCUACUUCUCCGCGGAACCCAACCCCUGAUCUCUGUAUCCAGAGACCCAGGACUAUCUACGGGGUGUCCAAGGUCCACGCGGAGCUCAUGGGCGAGUAUUAUUAUUACCGGUAUGGGUUAGACUUCCGAUGCCUGAGAUAUCCUGGAAUCAUUUCUGCUGACUCCCAACCUGGAGGAGGAACGACGGACUACGCGGUCCAGAUUUUCCAUGACGCUGUCAAGAAUGGCAGGUUUGAGUGCAACCUGAAGCCCAGCACGAGGCUCCCGAUGAUGUACAUUGAUGACUGCCUCCGGGCCACCCUGGAGGUCAUGGAGGCCCCGGCAGAGUCCCUCUCCAUGAGGACUUACAAUGUCAAUGCCAUGAGCUUCACCCCUGCGGAGCUGGCCCAGGAGGUUCUCAAGCACGUUCCAGAAUUCCAGAUCACCUACAACGUGGAUCCCGUCCGACAGGCCAUAGCCGAUAGUUGGCCAAUGAACUUUGACGAUAGCAACGCCCGGAAGGACUGGGGGUGGAAGCACGAUUUCGACCUCCCGGAGCUGGUGACGACGAUGCUGAACUUCCACGGUUCCGAGCGCAGAGUGGCCCAGGCUAACUGA